AUGGCAUUCGGAACGAAGCUUAAACCAUCUCUGGAGAAACUGGCUGCUGAUAUGACUCUCUAUCGUCAAAUGAUUGGGUUUGUUAUGUAUCUAACAACUAGUAGACCAGAUAUCAUGUUUUAUGUCUGCUAUUGUGCCAUGUUCCAAGCUAAUCCACAAAAACCUCAUAUGGUUGCAGUGAAAAAUAUAUUUCGGUAUUUGAAGCGCACCUCAUCUCUCGGUUUUUGGUACCCAGAGAAUUUUGGUUUCUUGGUUCAAGCAUUCUCUGAUUCCGAUCUUGGACGAUGUGGUUUAGACCAAAAGAUCACAACUGGCGGGUGUCAGUUCCUUGAUGGAAAACUCGUUAGCUGGUAA